UAACAAGCAUAAUAUAUCCAUACAUAUAUAUAUAUUUACAUACAGACACGUUACAAACACAUAUAUUAUAAACUUUUAUGGAGAACAGUAGUCUCAUUGGUCAACAAGUUCAUAGCUUCACCGUUAACCAAGUAUCCUACAGAGGCGUACGCCGGAGAAAAUGGGGGAAAUGGGUAUCCGAAAUCCGACAACCCGGCAAGAAAACCCGGAUUUGGCUCGGCAGCUACGAUUCGCCCGAGAUGGCGGCCGCGGCCUAUGAUGCGGCGGCGCUCCACCUCCGCGGCCAGGGAGCCCACCUCAACUUCCCGGAGCUUGCCGGAAUUUUUACCCCGCCAGAAAGCUCCGCCGCUGAGCACAUUCAGGCGGCGGCUCAGUCUGCUGCGAUGAUGGUGAAGUCUGGCCGGUUUCAUGGCCAGAAUCCGAUAACCGACGAGUUGGGUUCUGGGUCAGGUCUUGGCCCAGUUCGGGUAGGGCUGUCGCCGGCUCAGAUUCUGGCGAUAAAUGGGUUUCCGUUGGAUUCACCGGAGAGGUGGUGCAUGGACUUGGAGUCCGUACACGUGAAUGAUUACGAAGAGCUGUACGGGCAGUAUUUUGGUUACGAGAGAGAGGACUACGUAGAAGUGCAGCUUCAUUCUCUUUGGGACUGAUCUACUAUUCCAAGUGUU